AACGACGAACAUUGUUAGUCGCUUCAGUGAGUUUCUACGGCUAAGUUGUUUAAAACCCUAUAGGCAUAAAGACAACCAUUUUAAAAGCAACAAUAAAUACUACUAGGUUGGCCCACUCAUUUAAUUUGGGCACCGGGUAUCUCUUGUUGAUUCAAUACCUUGCCGUGUGUGGCUAUCGAAUUCCAGGAUGAAGAAAAAGUUUGGAUCAGCACGAGGCGCGUCGCUUUUAGGACAGUUUUAAUUCACCCCGAGAGCUCCGCGCCCUCUGAUUGGUCGCACGCCCCUUACCCCUACUAGGAGGCUCGUGCAGCAAGUACGUGGUGGAGCGCGAGCCGCUGCCUGUCAGUAAGUGAGCGGAGCGAGCAGAGGCUGCAAAGGACACAGCCGGACUGUGCACUGGUUACUUGGCGAAAGAUUUACACUAGUGGCCGCUCACCAGCGGGGUGGGGGGUGCAAGCAGUAAGCCACAGCGGAGCCGAGUGAAAAUGCACAACCAACGAAGACGAAGGUCACUUAUUGCACUUUUGCAGACUAUGCUGACAGAAGAGGUGCACGCGUGAGGAAAAAAAAAUGGAUUGUGUUUUCCUUUUGCUUUGGACACUGGCCAUUCCGUUGCUAAGCCGCAAUUCUGUGAAGGUUUUAUCAGCCCUGUGGUUUGGGGAUGUGUUCAAGACUUUCCACAUCUGUUGCUGCUAUUCAGACUUUUCAACUGCUUUUGGAAGUCCAAGAAGCGAGGUGAAUGAUGAUAUGGUGUUUGUUAUACCCAGUGAAGUUGAUUCCAAUGGAGCCUUCAUUUCUCAUGACAUUUUGGGAAGCAGCAGAAAAAGGAGGUCACUGCCACAUCGGCACAAUCUUACUGUGCACUACAAGCUGUCAGCAUUUGGAAAGGAACUACUUUUAGAUUUAAAGCCUUCCAAUGUAAUAGCAAAUGGGUUUACAAUCCAGACAUUGGGCAGAGAUGGAGUGACCACAUUACAGGAGCCCAGAUUUGAAAACUGUUUUUAUCAGGGAUUAAUUAGGAACCACAGCAUUUCCUCAGCUGCAAUAUCAACAUGUACAGGCUUGUCAGGUUUAAUAAGGACACAAGAUGAUGAGUUCCUUAUUACACCUUUACCUCAGCAUCUGGCAAUGAAGCACAACAUUACAUCUCACCCUGGACAACAUACUCAUGUGCUUUACAAACAAUCAGCUGAAGCCAUUGUUCAAGACAAAUCCUUACAUGGGAUUCCACACUAUCACCAUCAAAGUAACCUGUACAAGAAAAAAAAACAGCAUGGAAUGUACCAGAUGGAUCAUUUCUGUGGACGGCACAAGAAAUAUUAUCCUAAGGCACCAAUAGAAAGACUUCAUCAAGAAUAUGAACAAAUGAACAGACCUAAAAGAUCUCCUUUCAAUUCUGUUAAGCCUGGAAGCCUCAACGUGGAGACACUGGUGGUGGCAGACCAGAAAAUGCUGGAAAAACAUGGCAAAGAGAAUGUUACCACAUAUGUGCUGACAGUCAUGAACAUGGUUUCCAGUCUGUUCAAAGAUGGAACUAUCGGAACAGAUAUAAAUAUUGUUGUUGUAAGUCUUCUUCUUCUUGAACGAGAUCCGGUAGGGUUGGUCAUAAACCACCAUGCUGACCAGUCUUUAAACAGUUUUUGUCAAUGGCAGUCAGGACUGUCUGGGAAAAAUGGAAAACGCCAUGACCACGCUUUACUACUGACUGGGUUAGACAUAUGCUCAUGGAAGAAUGAACCAUGUGAUACACUGGGUUUUGCACCAAUAAGUGGAAUGUGCAGUAAAUAUCGAAGUUGCACAAUAAAUGAAGACACUGGACUUGGUCUGGCUUUCACAAUUGCUCAUGAAUCUGGUCACAAUUUUGGUAUGGUACAUGAUGGUGAAGGGAAUGCAUGCAGAAAAGCUGAAGGCAAUAUCAUGUCUCCAACAUUGGCUGGAAAUAAUGGUGUUUUCUUUUGGUCAGCCUGCAGUCGUCAAUAUCUAAAUAAAUUUCUUAGUACAGCUCAAGCUUCAUGUCUUAUUGAUGAGCCGAAACAAAUUGGAAAGUAUACAUUUCCAGACAAGCUCCCAGGACAGUUGUAUGAUGCAGACAUGCAAUGUAAAUGGCAGUUUGGCUCAAAGGCAAAACUUUGCAAUUUGGACUUUGUUAAGGAUAUUUGCAAAUCACUGUGGUGUCACAGAUCAGGCCAUAGGUGUGAAACUAAGUUUAUGCCAGCAGCAGAAGGUACAUUAUGUGGACACAACAUGUGGUGUCGGAGAGGUCAGUGUGUGAAAUUUGGAGACCAUGGGCCUAAAGCAGUGCAUGGACAGUGGUCUCAGUGGUCAGAAUGGUCUGAUUGCUCUAGGACUUGUGGAACAGGUGUCAUGUACAGAGAAAGACUAUGCAACAACCCCAAACCACAGUAUGGUGGGAAAUUCUGUACAGGCUCCAGUCGUAUAUACCAGCUGUGUAAUACAAAAGCAUGCAAAACCUACAUUGAGGAUUUCCGUGCUCAGCAGUGUGCAGAAUAUAACAGCAAACCUUUCAGAGGCUGGUACUACAAAUGGAAGCCCUAUACAAAAGUGGAAGAGGAAGACAUUUGCAAACUCUAUUGCAUAGCAGAAAACUAUCAGUUUUUCUUUGCAAUGUCAAACAAAGUAAAAGAUGGCACCCCCUGUUCUGAAAGCCAGCUUGAUGUGUGUAUUGAUGGAAUCUGUGAGCAAGUAGGAUGUGACCUAGUCCUGGGUUCAAAAGCUGAACUGGAUGCUUGCGGUGUUUGUAAUGGAAAUAAUGCAACAUGUGCAUUCUUCAGAGGACAGUAUCUACAACAGCACAGUGCAAAUGAGUAUUAUUCAGUUAUAGUGAUUCCAGCUGGAGCCCGUAGCAUUCACAUACAUGAAAUGGAAGUAUCUACAAGUUAUCUGGCAGUCCGUAACCUCAAAAAGAAAUACUAUCUUACUGGAAACUGGAUAGUUGAUUGGCCUGGAAAAUUCUCAUUUGCUGGGACAGUGUUUGACUAUCAACGCCCUGUUCACCAACCUGAAACCUUGUUUGCAUCUGGCCCCACUAAUGAGACUCUAGUGUUUGAAGUUCUUGUGCAAGGCAAAAACCCUGGUAUUGCCUGGGAAUACACUCUGCCCAAGAAUGACAAUAAGACCACCAAUAAAAAAGACAACUACACCUGGGUGGUCAUCAGAUCAAAUUGCUCAGCAUCUUGUGCUGGAGGUCAAAUUUCAACUAAGGCUGUUUGCUUACAAAACAAUCGAAUUCAAGUAAACUCCUCUUUCUGCAGUUCACACGUAAGACCAACUUUCAGGACCAGAGUUUGUAAUACUCAACCUUGUCCAGCAUACUGGUACACUGGAGAAUGGAGCACUUGUAGUCAGUCCUGUGGUGGAGGUCAACAGUCACGUCAAGUGCAGUGCAUGCGAAGAGUUGCAUUUCAGAGGGAGGAGGUGGUGGCACACUCUCUGUGCUCUGCUUCUAUGCCUGCUAAGUUACAGACUUGCAACAAUCAGGCCUGUCAACCUGAGUGGAUUUCAGGAGCUUGGUCACAGUGCUCCAAGACUUGUGGGAGAGGUGUUAGGGAGCGUGAAGUCUAUUGCACAAACUCCAAUCCAUCAGCAAAAGGAAAAGGCCUUCCUGACAGUUUGUGCAAUCAAGAUCAGAAGCCCAAGUCUCAAGAGACAUGUGUUCUUAGGCGCUGCCCAAGGAAUGAUAAACUUCAGUGGAUGACAUCAGCGUGGAGCGAGUGUUCUACAACCUGUGGCCCAGGCAUUGAAAAAAGGGAACUAAAAUGUUGUGAAAAAGAUGCUAACAGCAAAAUUACAGAAUUCCCUGUAAGACGAUGUCGCAACCUACCGAAGCCUGCAGUGGAUCUUCAACAAGCCUGCAAUAAAGGAGCAUGCGAAGAACCAAAUUCCUCCAAUGGGAGAACUCUUACUAAUGUUGGAUGGUAUUCAUCUCCUUGGCAACAGUGUACUGUUUCCUGUGGAGGAGGCGUUCAAACUCGUCAUGUUCAGUGUCUUAGGCAGGGAAGGCCAUCAUCUGGGUGCCUGUCUCAUCUACAGCCUGUAACAUCCAGAGCUUGUAACACAAAUUUCUGCCCAGCUCCUAACCGUAAAGAAGAAAUCCUGUGCAAAGACAUUUUCAGUUGGUGCCACCUGGUGCCCCAGCAUGGAGUUUGCAACCACAAGUUUUAUGGACAACAGUGCUGCAAGUCCUGUGCUCAAGUAAAACAAUAAUCCAGGAAUAUUUUUUUAAUUCUUGGCUUAUACAAUAGGAGCAGAUUGGACAUUAUGGAAAGAUAUUUGUCCUGGAGUACUUGAUUGCUGGAAAUUUAUUUUUAUGAGUUCAUCACUUUCUGCAAAAGCCACAUUAUAUGCACAUAUAAGACAAGAAGUCAUUCUACAAUGUUACUUUUAUGUUCCAAAACAGUAAAGAUAUAAGAAUGCCUAUUGUUAAGCAGACUUUAAUGGAACAAAAUUGCAUAUUCAUGCACUGUACUCUGAAAAAGUUGUAUAAUACGAAUGGCUACUCUAAAGUAACUUCUAUAUUGGCCUCAUCUUUUUGACACUAUAACGCUAAAUGAAGCUGUUUUACUGUUAUAAUUAAUUUAAACUUCUUUAUUUUGGUUAAAGAAGUGCAUUCCAAGGCAAAUGUGAAGUGAAAAACAUCUGAAAAAUGUUUAGUGGAUGCCAUUCAUAGGACUGCCUUUUGUAAAAUCUGGAAUCCCUGUAUUUGUUUAUAGAGUACAUUGUGAAGACAAAGGUGUGAAAGAUACAUGCUUUUCAUGUUUGUAUUACUGACAAAAAUAAAUGCACUUACUAUAUUGUUCAGUUUACACCAUAAGAAUAAUAAUUCAAAUGGAUUCAUGUAAAUGAUUGACAAUGAAUACUAACCAUUUUAGCCAAAGCAUAUGCUUUCAGUAAAGUAAAAUUGCGUUAUUUUGAAAGCCAAAAGUUUAAAAAUAUUAGACCAUAGAAAAUAUUGCACAUUUGGCUUUUGAAAGGAGAGUGACUUUUUAUAUAAUGUGGCAGGAUACCACAUUAACUGUAGCAAAUAUUCCGGUAUUCACACAGUUUUAAAAUGCUGUUUUUUGUUUCACACAAAAUUGUAAGAACUAUUUCGUAAUAUUCUACCAGUUAACUAGGGAUGUGUAUUUUUGUCUAAAUAUGUUUGUGAAUAUCUGAAAAAAAGUAAAAAGCCUAAUAUUUGAAAGAGGGUUGUUGGAGACAUACACCACCACUUCAUAAAAACAGGCUGUCUUUUAAAAGUGUUCAUGGGAUUGAUUCGUCUUGCACGUAGCCCUCCCAGAAAGGCCAUUUUCAGUAAGAUGUAGAGCCACAUAUACAGUAUGUAAUGACCACUUCCCAAUCUCUCCAGUGUUACUGUAUUAAAGACAUUUCCACAAGCUGCACAAGUGGUGCACUUCGCCAUUGUUUUCUCCUCCCCAUGGACUCUGCAUGGCAACAGAGAACCUACUGGGGGAUUCCAAGGAAAAUAGUUCAAUUAUUUUUGAUUAUAUAUUAUCCCUGUGUUUUGAUACGUGCUUUCUCUGUGUUCAUCAAGCCAGGAGAUUGCAGUUGAAUGAGCAGCACCCCACCAUCUUCUACUUAGACUGCCUUAGCAAAUAUGAGAUUGUUUUGUAUUUCUUAACUGUAAAAAUUGUAAAGCUUUUCAUCUCUGCUCUAAUUUUCAGAAAAACACUGCACAAAGCACUUUUGUAUUUGAUUUGAGUAGUUCUGUUUCAGCAUAAAUAAAUAUUUUCUACUCUGCAGAUAAUGUCUGCAGUUUAAAGGUCAAUGAAAAUUCAGAGUAUUUGCGAUGAAAGAGAUUUAAUAUUUUGGGGUGCUUCUUGAUCACACUGCAUAGCUUGCAGAGUGCCUCUGCACAAAUGCUGCAACAUCACACGCUGGAGAGAAUCCGCAAGACCAUGGCAUUAUUGUGCACCUUUUUUUUUUUUCUAAUUUGAAAAUUGACUACUUUUUACAAUAUUAGCAAACGGCUGCUUUGGUAGAAAAUCCAAACUCUUCGGUCUCUUGUUCCAUGUCCUAUGAAAGGUUCAACCUAUGAUUCCUUUCAUCUCCACUCACAGUGAGCUUUGGCUUUAAUUCUGACAAACUAUCAAUUUUUAUUUUAUUUAACACCUUUCUCAAAGCACAUUCAUUUCCCUCAAAAUAUUUCUACUGUAAUAUUGACAUAUCAGCACUUUGUGUUAUUUUGUAUUUGUUUUAAACUCUUGAUGCUAAAAGGCUUUCUAGACAGCUUAAGUCACAGUAUGUCUUUUGAAGGCAGAUGUGAUUAAGAGAAUCCUGGCAAACGAAGCUCUAAAGUCCUCUCUUAAGGUCAGGCAGCAAGGGACACUUUUGGGCUCUUCAAGGUAAAACUGGACAAGUUGGUGAUGUUUUUUAGUUGCAUUUUUACAAAUCUCAGCUGCUUUCACAAAGUUACAGUGUAGGUUAACUUAACAAACUUGCAGUUUUGUUCUCCAUUUCAACUCAGAUUUAACAAAGUUUAGUUUAGAUGGUCAAACCAUUUUUUGUACAGUAUAAGCUUUUUGUUUUUACUAAUGGAUAUUCAAUUACUUGGUUACUCAUUCCCAUCCCAGGAAAUAAUUAACAUAGGCUGAUUCUUCCUUAUACAUUUUUAAAGGUCACACAUAAGAAGUACAAUUCUCUAAUGUACCAUUUCAAUGAUUUGGUCUGUCUGCACUGUAAGACAGCUCCCAGUGCCAACUCUGAACAGUAAUUGCCCCAGUGCUGGCAGCUUACAAACAGGUACAGAGUCUAACACAAAUGGAAGAAAGUGCUGGAUUAUUUUUUCCACACUUUUAAUGUCUAGCAUUAAUUGCCUUCAGAAUGUGUAACUGUUGGGAAUAUAGAAUUAAAGUGUUCAUUAUGAUAAAGCAAGGAGUUUCCUCAAAUUUUAAACAUAAUGAACAGCUUAAUACACUAUGAUCUUUAGGAACGUUCUCAACAUAAAUUAUUCAACCAAAUGAGCAGGAUUACUGGUUUAUAUUAGUAUGGUUGCUGUGCCUUCUUAUAAGUAAAGUACAUUGAGUCAUGCUUUGUGAUAUGAUUUUCAAAGCCCCAAAGCACAAACAGAACAGGUUUUAAUUAUUGCAGUAAAAUGCACAACAAAAUUAAAAUACUUGCAGUUCUCAUAAAACAUUUCUUAUUAUUAUUAGUAAACAAUUGCCCACUAUUGAGUCUCACAUUAGACAGGUUUAACCAUAGAGUUAAGUGCUCAGAUCUGUCUUUUAGUCUUAAAAGUGAUCUUUUAAAGUGUUGGUCUUUAGCUAGUAAGUUAGAAAAAUACUCACUGUUUAGAGCUUUCUUUUAAGGAUCCCUUUGCUUACUGUACGAGUAAUCUGUUAUACCCGUUUUGCUAAUUUCUUGAGCUUCUUAAAGGUAAAUUAAAAAAGGGAAGAAAAAUUAAGGUGUCAAUGAUGGCACAGUGGGUAGUGUUCAUAGAGUUUGCUUUUUCGCCUCAUCUCAUCUGAGUAAUGUUGUUUUGCUUGUAUUCCCAAUGCCAUGCAUGUUAGGACAAUCGGAGAUUCUAUAUUUACCCUAUGUGAAUGUAGGCCCUGCAAUGCAGAGGGACAAUGUCCAGGGUUAUUUCCUACCUUGUGCCCAAAGCUGUGAAUGGUUUAAGUGGGAUUAAGAAUGUUGUGUUAUGUUGAAAAUAUUAAUUACUUACUACUCAUAAAAAAGUAAGGUCAAUAUAGGCUAUAUAACAUAAGUGUAUCAGUCACAGUUUUAAAAAAAUUGUGUGAGAAAACCAUUUUAUUCUGCCAAUAUUAGCCAUUCUGCAGUAAAUUAUAUUUAUCCAUUUAAAUAUUUUGUCACAUCACCUUACCUCUACACUCCUUAGCUCAGCUUUAAAGAGCUGUAACACAGUCAACACAGUGUCUUUAUGUAUUGUUUUUUUCAGUUGGCAAGUGUAAACUUAUUUUCCUAGCUUUAAAGGCCUGAGUAUGUAAGAUGAGAGAGAUUAAAAUAUCACCACCUGUUUAGAUUCCAAUUAGGCUACUGAAAGUAUUACAAAAGUAUUGUAUAUUUUAGUAAAUGAGGAAAUCCAGAUUCUUCACAUGCCAUCAUUAUAUGUUGAGAAAUUCAUUGAACAUAAGUGCAAUAUUUGGGGGGCCUGCCAGGUGGUGGUAUUACUCAGCAUACCUGUGUCAGUAGAAUUGUCCCCAAGCAUGCACGCAAGACAAUGCUGAAACACCUUCAUAUUCAUUUAAAAUUAGUUGAUAUGAUUGAAAAGUCCAUUAAAAUAUUAUUGCCGAACACUUUCUAAGAAAAAUUAGAUUUAUUGCUAGAAGUGGCGGUUUGACACAAGUAGAUAUGAGAAAUGACAUUCCGGGUACACACUUGAGUGACCUUCAAGUGAAGUUUACAGGGAAGCCUUUGCUGUUGUUUCUUACUCCACACAAUACCGGCUGAUCUUCGAGUCUGUCUAAGUGGACCACCUGAAAACUUAGUGGAUAUUUCACAGGUUCAGCCAGCUCAGCACUAGAGCCAUAAUGAGGAUAGUUAGCAGCCUCUUCUUUCUUCCACUCUUAUAACAUGAUCUUAUGUACUUAAGCAGUAAUGAUGAUUGGAAACAUUUUAAGCUAUAAUUCAACUCUGAUAUUUUAAAAAUUCAAAUUUUUACUCGUACCCAUAAAAUAGUUAUCUUUGUACAUUUAUGUUUAUUGAAAAAGUAAUUUAUUAAUACUCAUUUAUGAUGUCUGAAGAUAAAUGUUAGUUGAGACCAGGUAGUAUACCUUGAAAAUAUUAACUUGUUGUCUUUGUUUACAUUAUACUGUAAAAUAUGAACAUGUAUGUGUAUUAUUUAAUUAUUUUAAUUUUUUAUAAUAAAAAUGUUUCAUAUAUUCA